AUGUUAUCACUUGAUUUGGGCCCAUCACCUAGAGGAGGAGGAGUCUAUCAAAAGGACAAGAAACUCAAGAAAUCACUCUACUACUCAUCGCAGCAAUCAAAAUGGCUCAAGCUGUUUCUGAUUGUCGUGGGCUUGCUGUUCAUCUUUGGCUAUAUUCCCUUCUUUCGCUUUGUGCGAAACACACCCGACUACAAGACACAUCCCUCAUGGAACAUCAAAGAGAAUCACCAGCCUGCUACAAGGGACAAAAUCAUACUCUACCGCAUCAUAGGCAACGAUCUGCCACCUCGGCACAAGGAAGGCCAAACACUCUCCAACCUGCAGUUUAUAUUGGACCACGAGCCCAGCUUUCCAGACACCCACAAGAUCUUCUUACUGAACCGCAUCAUUGACCCUGUGAACGAGGCAACCAUCAUCAGACUACUCGACAGCUACAAUAUGGACUAUAUCCGUGUUCCUUUUGUGCAAGAAGAAUAUGAAAAGCUGGAUUUUCAACUGGAGAAGUUUCCUGAUGCUGAUUUUCUUCACUCUGAUGAUUAUCGACGAUUCUCCAAAGUGUCCAAACUAAGGGCACUCGAUUAUACCUAUCAUGUCAAGAACCUGUAUGCCAUGAACAAUAACGGAGGUCGCAAUACAGCUAUAGAGCAUGGGCGUUCUUUACCGAACGCAAAGUGGAUUAUGCCUUUUGACGGUAAUUGCUAUCUUAGCCAUAACGGAUUCGAGGAAAUCAGAUCGCAACUUGAUAAAUACGGAAAAGACACCAAGUACUUUGUAGUGCCCAUGACACGAUUGCUGAACAACUCGGUGCUAUUAAACAACCUGGAUGAGAGACCAAAGACGCCAGAGGAGCCACAGAUCAUCUUUCGAUACGACGCCACUGAAGAAUAUAACCUCAACAUGCGAUAUGGACGCAGAAGCAAGCUCGAGUUGUUAUGGCGUUUGGGAGCCUUGGAGAACAGACGACUGAACAGACCCACUGUGCCUUGGGAGCCCACAGAGCGUCCGUACAGCAAAGACAAGGGCAACUUUAAGAACAUUGGUUGGGUGUUUAGAUUGUUUUCAGGCAACCCAUCACAGGAGGAAAACAAAAAGGAAGCUUCAUCUAUUCGUGCAUUCAAUCGACUCAUGGCAAUUCAAUCUUCAUUGGACAGUUUGGACGAAAGCAUCGCUCGCAAGACGUUCCACCACGACAAGCUCUUUUUGUACGAUGAAAAACCAAUGAACCAAGUACGCUACGACCACUGGACAAAGAACUACGAAAUUCGCUAUGCCAUUGAGACACUGCAACGCAAAGCAGAGAUUAUUUUGGAGGAGAGCCAGAAGCGACUUGCACCCAUGUCUUCAGCAACAGACAAAGAGGAUGGCCUUCCGUUCGAUGCAGUGCCGGAGAAGGAUGAAUUGGGCCCACUCUCUCAAAAUGUCACCAUAUUGACCAUGGCCAACUAUUUCACGGGCGAGGAAAAGUUCGGACGUGGUGCAGCCAACCUGAUCCGAGUUCACUUUUUGAAUGAAUACGCAGUGGAGGACGAGGAUGAAUACAACUCUGCGCGCCGCAUUCCCGACGACAGCCAUUUGUUGGAUUUCCUGUCAGAUCAAGGCUACUACUUUCCCAGUCUCAGUCGCAUCUCGCAUGUAGUGCCUAAAUACAGCAACAACCGCAUCUUGAACACGUCUGAUCUCACAAAAACCGACAUUUCCUCGCUGCUGGACUGUAUCCGCAUGCUCAGACACAUGCAAGCGCUGACACACAAGGAAUACAUUGAUUUGCAGGCAAUCACAGCAGAAUUUCUGGAAUAUUUGGUUACUUCACCCACAGGCAUCCAUUUGGCUCAAAUGACAGAUCAUAGAGGCGUCUUGUACGACUUGCAGGUGACAGCCAUGGCUGCAUUCACUGACGAUGUGCGAUUAUUUUUGCGCGUAGCCAAUCGUUGUCGCAUGCGCAUUGGAAAGCAAUUUAGACAAGAUGGUUCUCAGCCUUAUGAAGAAAGCUCAACACGUGGUCGUUUGUUAUCUUCAACUAGCAACAGUGGCAGCAGCAACGACGAUAACAAGCAAAUGGAGUGGCGCGCUAUGCUUCAUUAUGAAACGCUCAAUUUGCAGUAUUGGACCCUUUUGACACGAGGCAUUCAGAACGCUGGUAUUGCAAAGGACAUUUGGCACUAUACUGCAGCCAACGAGGGGCAGAUUUCUCACUCUGUUGUUUCGCAUUUGAAAAAGUACUCUGAUGCGCUCCCGCAACUCAAUGCGGGCGACGCAGCUUUUGUGAAAUCUAGACUACAACCUUUGGCGUACAUGGCACAAGAAGCAUUUAGCCAUAGUCAUUAUGAAAAGAUAGAGAUUGAUCCUCGCGUUAAAGAUAGAACAGAGGCAGAUCGCAUUUGGAUGGUGCAACAUGUUUCGGAUUUUGGUGAGCGAUGGGAUCUACUGGGCCAAGAACAAGAAGAUUUCAAUGUGGAUAUGGAGGAUAUGUUGCAACAACAACAGGAUAUUGCUAAAUUGAUGCAUGAUGAUGCUGUGAAGGGGAGAUUGGGCAUUCCUCCAUUUUGGAUGCUCACUUCCACCUCGUCAUAG